UGACUGGGGGGGAGAUCUCAACAAUAGACGGACGUGGUGUACUCUAGGCUUGUUUUUAUCUCUCACCUUUUAAAACAGCUUUACAAAAUCAUUAGUGUACAUUAUAAUGUGAUUAAGAAGCUGGAAUAUUUUUGAGUUUCUGUAACACUCUCUUAAAGCUCUCCUUUCAGACCAAUAUAUAACUGUUGAACACAUUCAGAGAGCCAUGGGCAGCCUCUGUCAGCAGUCUAGUAUUCAGAUGUCUAAAGACAAUAGAAGGAAAUGGGAAGCCCCCAGCACAUAGCCAAGUCUUCCAGAAGCUACCCAGAGCACGAAUUGGAACGUUUAGUCAACUUUACAUAAGUUAAUUAGAAGUCAGGACUACUUGAACACAUUGUCACUCAGGACAAAGAAAGGGUGAUUCAAAGUGAUGGCUGAAGAAAUACAGUUAAGAGAAAAGAAGCCGAGAAGUCUGCCCCGCUCUCAUGGGUGUGGUCUGUAUAACUAUGAUGCUCUCGAUUUGUCUGGAGGUUUAAGGAUUGUUCUAGUGGGCAAGACUGGAUCAGGGAAAAGUGCGACGGGGAACACCAUCCUAGGGAGAACGGUCUUCAAAGAGGAUCCCAGUCCAGUAUCUGUGACCAAACACUGCGAGACGGAGAGCGGAGACGUAGAUGGGAUUCCAGUCCAAGUGAUUGAUACUCCAGGUCUGUUUGAUACUGGUAUCUCUGAGGAGGAAUUAAAGUCCAGGAUAGAGGAGUGUGUCAAGAUGUCAGUUCCUGGACCUCAUGCCUUCCUGCUGGUGAUCAGGCUUGGAGUCCGAUUCACGGAGGAAGAGAGAAAUGCUGUCAAGUGGAUCCAGGACAACUUUGGGGACGACGCCUCCAUGUACACAAUCAUGCUGUUUACUUGUAAAGACCAAGCCAAAGCUGACAAUGCUCUGAAGGAGUGCAAGGAGCUCCGGAGGCUCUCCAUCACGUUUGGACGCAGAUACCACGCCUUUAACAACAACGACGCAGGCGACCGCGUGCAGGUCACAGAGCUGAUCGGCAUGAUCAAAGAAAUGAUCCAGGACAACGGAGGGAAACACUACACCAACGAGAUGUAUGAGAAGGCCCAGAGGAAGCUGAGAGAGGAGGAGGAGCGUCGGAAACAGGAGGAGGAAGAGAAGAAGGAAGAGGAGAGGAAAAUGUGGGAUGAAGAGAGGGAGAAGCAAGAGAAAAAGAGAGAAAAGAAGAAAAAGGUGAAAAGAAAGAACGUCCGUGUGGCCUCGGCUGCUGCUGUGGUGUUGGUGUUGGCUGGGGUGAUUAUAGCAGUGGGAGCUAACACCACAGUAGCUCUGGCUUUAGGAGCUCCUGCACUUUUCCUAGGAGUUUUAUGUGGCUUAGCUGCCAUUAUAAUGUGGAAGGGCAUAAAAUGUAAAACUAAAGAUCCUAAUCUACCUUAAUUUAAGGAAAUUCGAGGUUAUGUCCAUCAGGCUUCAAUUUGUGAAACUUAAAUUAUAGUAAAAAAAAGUAUAAUACAUGAAAGAUACAUGGUUUAUUAUAAACCACCUAUCAAAUAUUUACAUGAACUGUUUAUGCAAAUAUGUUUCUCUAUGAUUUAAUCUGAAGUCCAAUUCAGAUACUGACACGUGAUCAUCAAACUUCUAUAAAAGAACUGAUGUUUUUUCUUUAAAAUAAAUAUGCAGAUUUAUUUAGCAAUUUUGCGUCUCCCUUUAGCCAUUACAGUUUUUUUUAAAUGAUCUACUGUCAGACCAAACUAUCCACUGAGUUAUGUGUUUUAGUUUUUCAUGCUACGAAGGUUAAAAUGUUUGAACCAAGCUGCAAUAAAAGAAAAUGUGUAUUUACAACAACAGCAAAUCAACAGUAUGUUUGUUUCAUUUAUCAGUUAUARUUAGAAAAACAAGAAUAAAAGGUUGUGCUAUAAUAAAGCAAUGUUAGAAGAUUUUUCCCUAAUAUUUUUCACCAAAUUUAUGUACUAAUUUGUUGAAUAAAACUUGCGUGCAGAUGAA